GGGACUGGGUCAGGCCAACACGUAGACCACAACCCCUUCCCGAGGGAGUCCGUGAGUCUCCGCCGCUCUCACUCUUCCCAGGUCUCCGAGCGUGCCCCCGCCUUACCGGAGGGGCGGGGCCUCCACGAGAGGGGCGGGGCCUGAGCUAGAAGCCAAUGGGAAAGUGGUGAGAGUGUUUGGCGGGAAGUUGGCUUAGUUCCUUGGUUCCCGCGUUGCUUCUCCCUACUCUUCUCAGUCUUCUCGUCAAGAUCUUGGCAUAGGGCAUAUACUCACAGCACUGAGGACGCGAUGGCUCCCAGGAAACGCCCAGAAACCCAGAGGACCUCCGAGGUGGUUCUGCGCACCAGGAACAGGAGGAGCAGAAGCCCCCUGGAGCUGGACCCCGAGGCCAAGCAGCUCCAUGUGAAUGGCCCCGGUUCUAGCAGAAGGUUUGACUCAGGCUGCCUUUGGGCAGGGCUGGCUAGCUGCAGGCCCUGCUUCAGGGCCCUCCACCACCAUAAACUGGGCAAAGCUGCCUGGCCAUCAAUAUAGCAGGGUCUCCAGAAGUCCUUUUUGCACUCUCUGGCUUCUUACCGGAUAUUCCAAAAGGCUGCCCCCUUUGACAGGAGGGCCACAUCCUUGGCAUGGCACCCAGCUCACCCCAGCACCCUGGCUGUGGGCUCCAAAGGGGGAGAUAUCAUGCUCUGGAACUUCUGCAUAAAGGACAAACCCAUCUUCAUUAAAGGGAUUGGAGCUGGAGGGAGGAGCAUCACUGGGCUGAAGUCUAACCCUCUCAAUACCAACCUGUUCUUCACCUCCUCAAUGGAGGGAACAACUUAGCUGCAGGACUCUACAGACAACACUAUCUGAGUUUUUGCCAGCUCAGGCACCUACAACAUCUGGUUUUGCAGCCUGGAUGUGUCAGCCAGAAGCCAAGUGCUGGUCACCAGAGACAAUGUGGGCCAUGUGAUCCUGCUGAACAUGGAUGGCAGGGAGUUUUGGAAUCUAAGGAUGCACAAGAAGAAAGUGAUGCACAUGGCCCUGAACCCAUGCUGUGAUUGGCUCCUGGCCACAGCCCCUGUAGAUCGAACAGUGAAAAUCUGGGACCUGUGCCAGGUUAGAGGAAAAUCCAGCUUCCUCCACUCACUGCCACGUGGUCAUCCUGUCAAUGCAGCUUACUUCAGUCCUGAUGGAACCCAGCUUCUGACCACUGACCAAGAGGUUCGAGUUUACUCUGCCUCCCAAUGGGACUGCCCUCCAAGCCUGAUCCCGCACCCUCACCGACACUUCCAGCACCUGACACCCAUCAAGGCAACCUGGCAUCGGUGCAACCUCAUCAUUGUGGGCCGAUACCCAGAUCUUAAUUUCAAAAGUUGUACAUCCCAUGAAUUAAGGACAAUCGAUGUGUUUGAUGGAAGCUCAGGGAAGAUGAUGUAUCAGCUCUAUGACCCAGAAUCUUCUGGUAUUAUUUCACUCAAUGAAUUCAAUUCCAUGGGGGACAUGCUGGCUUGCGUGAAACUGGUCUCACUCCUCCUAGGUUAUCACAUUCUCAUUUGGAGCCAGGAAGAAGCUGGGAUGCAGAAAUGA